AAACGAAAGUACAGUACACAGAUCAUGUCUCCUUCAAGGAAUGAUGCAGGCAAGAAUGAAAAAUCUGGAGAAUCUUCAAAUCCACAACAAUUGUUUUCCCAUUUUAAUCAUAUGAAAUUUUAAUUUGUAGUGGAUUGACCCGUAGUGUCAUAUUUAUGUUUAAAAUAGCCAUGAGCCAUUUUCCAAAUGCUGGCAUCGCAAUGUUCCUCGUGGUACUUAUGAUAAUUGGAACACCACUUGUACUUUGUCCUGAAUCAAAUAAGAGAUCAUGUUCCAUAUCACUGAACACAGCUUUGACAACAGACCAUUGUCCAUCAAGUCAAACUGAUUGGAAUGAAAGAGAAAAAAAAUUUAAUUGCAUAUCAUACCAACAGAAUUGCACAGCGUCCAAUUUAUUUUCAUAUCAUUGGGUACCAAAUGCUUGGCGAAAUGCGUGUGUAGAAGUAUGUGCAAUUCAGACGCCCAUUGUAGGUAAAAAAUGUCCGGAGUUCAACUUCGGGGGACAGAUGGUUCAAGAAUACAACGAAGGGGAAUGCAAGUCGUGUCCCUUUCUGUACAUCUCGACUGAGGCUUAUAAAUAUAUGGAAUGUUUUGAAUUUGAAAAUGUCGCAUCCUCCACAACAGAUGUCAACAACAAUAGUGGUCAUCUAUACAGCACCCUUACAACAGUUGUUGAAAUAGAAUCAGCGUGUUCAGGAUUUGAAUGCAUGCCAACACCUGUAAGAUAUUCUGUAGCCUUAUUGUUAGGAUGUAUUAUGGUCGCAGCUAUAAUCUUCGUUGUUAGUAAGAGAUAUUCCAGCAAACUAAGACAAAAUGUCCCUGAUCUGGAAUUGCAAGGCAAGUAA